UAGCGCCGGAGGCAUAGCGCUGAGCUGCGGGUGGAGCGUAAGGUUUUGGCAUAACUUUUGCAAAGAGGAUGAUUUGGUGAUGGAGUUCUCCCACUGACUGAUGGACUCAAAGAAGAGAAGCUCAACAGAGGCAGAAGGAUCCAAAGAAAGAGGCCUGGUCCAUGUCUGGCAGGCAGGAUCCUGUUCUGUGACACCUGAGAGAUUACCAGGCUGGGGAGGAAAGACUGUUCUUCAGGCAGCCCUUGGAAUGAAACAUGGAGUUCUUCUGACUGAAGAUGGUGAGGUCUACAGCUUUGGGACACUCCCCUGGAGACACGAGCCAGCAGAGAUUUGUCCAAGUAGCCCCAUUCUAGAAAAUGCCCUGACUGGGCAGUAUGUCGUUACUGUGGCGACGGGGAGUUUCCACAGUGGAGCAGUGACGGAAAGUGGCACCGUGUACAUGUGGGGGGAGAAUUCUGCUGGCCAGUGUGCAGUCGCCAACCAGCAGUACGUUGCAGAGCCGAACCCCGUCAGCAUUUCUGAUUCUGAGACCAGCCCUUUGUUGGCAGUCAGGAUUUUGCAGCUGGCAUGUGGCGAGGAACACACUCUGGCUUUGUCAAUAAGCAGAGAGAUUUGGGCAUGGGGGACUGGCUGUCAGUUGGGUCUCAUCACCACUACCUUCCCAGUAACGAAGCCCCAAAAAGUCGAACAUCUUGCUGGGCGCGUGGUGCUGCAAGUGGCCUGUGGUGCAUUCCACAGCCUAGCACUGGUACAGUGCCUCCCUUCCCAGGAUCUGAAGCCAGUCCCAGAGAGAUGCAACCAAUGCAGCCAGCUCCUAAUUACUAUGACUGACAAAGAAGAUCAUGUGAUUAUAUCUGACAGUCAUUGCUGCCCACUAGGUGUGACACUGUCGGAAUCCCAGGCAGAAAACCAUGCCAGCACUGCCAUCACGCCCUCCACGCUCGACCCCCUUGGUAAUCAGGGAGAAGUGUUUGAGAACACACAAGGAGAAAGUGAUCUGCCUGCUGCUUCUGAACCCCAUGCUGGAAGUGUUCAGACCACGAGUGGUGAUGCCAGUUCCUCCCAACAAGACACCACAGGAACAACUGAGAUUUCUUCUGCCAGAAGUAUCCCAUCUUACCCUGACACCCAGGCAGUGAAUGAAUACUUGCAGAAACUAUCAGAUCAUUCAGUAAGAGAGGACGCCCAGAACAGUGCGAAGCCAGUGCCAUGCCAGCCUCUUGUAGAAGAAGCAAUUCCUAAUCUUCACAGCCCGCCAACAACAAGUACCUCAGCUCUGAACAGCUUAGUGGUCUCUUGUGCAUCUGCUGUUGGUGUGAGAGUGGCUGCUACUUAUGAAGCUGGGGCCAUGUCUCUUAAGAAAGUUAUGAACUUUUAUAGCACAGCCCCUUGUGAAACUGGAUCUCAGGCAAGCAGUGGUACUACAUGCCCAGAAGGUCUGAAAGAAAGCAGAGAAGAACAGGUUAAGCAGGAAUCAAUGCAAGGAAAGAAAAGUUCAAGUCUUGUGGAUAUCAGGGAAGAAGAAUCGGAGGGAGGCAGCCGAAGACUCUCUCUCCCUGGAUUGUUGUCGCAAGUAUCCCCCAGACUGUUAAGAAAGGCCGCACGGGUGAAAACAAGGACAGUGGUUCUGACCCCUACGUACAGUGGAGAGGCCGAUGCUCUCCUCCCUUCUCUCAGAACAGAGGUGUGGACGUGGGGGAAAGGGAAGGAGGGACAGCUGGGACACGGUGAUGUUCUGCCUAGGCUUCAACCACUGUGUGUGAAGUUUCUGGAUGGUAAAGAAGUAAUCUACCUGGAGGCAGGUAGCUGCCAUUCUCUUGCCCUUACUGCAAAAUCCCAGGUUUACUCUUGGGGUAGUAAUACCUUUGGUCAACUUGGGCAUUCGGAUUUCCCAACAACAGUUCCUCGUCUUGCAAAGGUAAAUGGUGAACAUGGAGUGUGGAGUGUAGCUGCCGGCCAGGAUUAUUCCUUGUUUUUAGUGGACAUGGAAGAUUUCCAGCCUGCGCUAUAUUACAGUGGCCGACAGGAGCCUCCAGAAGGUGACAAGCUUCCAGAGAGUCACAGUGGUACUAAGACUCCAGUACUUCUCUCCUGUAGUAAGCUUGGUUACAUAAGCAGAGUGACAGCAGGAAAAGACAGUUUUCUAACCUUGGUGGACAAAAACAUUAUGGGGUAUAUAGCCAGUCUCCACGAGUUGGCUACGACAGAAAGACGGUUCUAUUCAAAACUGAGUGAUAUCAAAUCUCAGAUUCUCAGGCCUCUUCUCAGCAUAGAUAAUUUGGGCACUGCAGCUACAGUCCAGCUACUGCAGGAGGUGGCAAGCCGAUUCAGCAAACUGUGCUACCUGAUUGGUCAGCACAGAACCUCACUGAGCGGCUUCCUUCAUGGCAUAAAGGAAGUCAGGAAUUUGGUCAUUCUGAAGCACGCAUGUCUCUUCUUGGAUAGUUAUACAGAGUAUUGCACAUCUAUUACAAAUUUUCUGGUUAUGGGAGGAUUCCAGCUUCUUGCUAAGCCUGCCAUUGAUUUCCUAAAUAAAAACCAGGAGCUAUUACAGAAUUUAUCAGAAAUGAAUGAUGAAAACACCCAAUUGAUGGAAAUCCUGAAUACUUUGUUUUUCUUGCCAAUCAGACGACUUCAUAAAUAUGCUAAAGUUUUGCUAAAGCUUGCUACUUGUUUUGAAGUGACUUCUCCAGAAUACCAGAAAUUACAGGAUUGCAGUUCUUCUUAUGAGUCUCUUGCUCUCCACCUCGGCAGGAAAAGGAAGGAAGCAGAGUACACACUGGGCUUCUGGAAGACUUUUCCAGGAAAAAUGACGGAUUCCUUGAGAAAGCCAGAGCGUAGACUGCUGUGUGAGAGCAGUAACCGAGCUCUGUCUCUGCAGCAUGCAGGCAGAUUUUCUGUGAAUUGGUUCAUCCUCUUUAAUGACGCCUUGGUCCAUGCCCAGUUCUCAACUCACCAUGUUUUCCCUUUGGCCACACUGUGGGCAGAGCCCCUUUCUGAAGAAGCUGGUGGUGUGAAUGGCUUAAAGAUAACUACACCCGAGGAGCAGUUCACUCUCAUUUCAUCAACCCCCCAGGAAAAGUCUAAGUGGCUUCGGGCAAUCAGCCAGGCUGUGGAUCAGGCUUUGCGGGGUACCUCUGACCUUCCUCCUUAUGGAAGUGGGAGCAGUCUUCAGAGGCAGGAGCCACCCAUUUCCCGCAGUGCCAAGUACACGUUCUACAAGGAUCCUCGCCUGAAGGAUGCCACUUACAGUGGACGCUGGCUUUCUGGGAAACCUCAUGGCAGAGGGAUCUUGAAGUGGCCUGAUGGAAAGAUGUAUUCUGGCAUGUUCAGGAAUGGCUUGGAAGAUGGGUAUGGAGAAUACAGAAUCCCAAACAAGGCAUUGAACAAGGAAGACCAUUAUGUUGGCCACUGGAAAGAAGGGAAAAUGUGCGGUCAGGGAAUCUACAGUUAUGCCUCUGGUGAAGUAUUUGAAGGCUGUUUUCAAGAUAACAUGCGCCAUGGUCAUGGGCUCCUGCGAAGUGGAAAAUUGACUUCCUCUUCUCCCAGUAUGUUCAUUGGCCAGUGGAUAUCAGAUAAGAAAGCAGGAUAUGGUGUCUUUGACGAUAUCACUAGGGGAGAAAAGUAUAUGGGAAUGUGGCAAGAUGAUGUAUGUCAAGGAAAUGGUGUGGUAGUUACUCAGUUUGGAUUAUACUAUGAAGGCAACUUUAACCUUAACAAGAUGAUGGGAAAUGGUGUCUUACUUUCUGAAGAUGAUACUAUCUAUGAGGGAGAGUUUUCAGAUGAUUGGACUCUUAAUGGAAAGGGAACACUGACUAUGCCAAAUGGAGACUACAUUGAAGGUUUUUUUAAUGGAGAAUGGGGAUCUGGGAUAAAAAUCACUGGAACCUACUUCAAACCUAGUCUGUAUGAGAGUGACAAAGACAGACCCAAAGUUUUCAGGAAACUAGGAAACCUGGCAGUUUCGGCUGAUGAGAAGUGGAAAGCAGUGUUUGAUGAAUGUUGGCGCCAACUGGGCUGUGAGAGCCCCAGCCAAGGGGAAGUUUGGAAAGCGUGGGAUAAUAUUGCUGUGGCCCUGACGACCAAUCGACGCCAACACAGAGAUAGCCCAGAGAUACUAAGUCGUUCACAGACUCAAACUCUGGAGAGUUUGGAAUUCAUUCCCCACCAUGUUGGUGCCUUCUCUGUGGAGAAAUAUGAUGACAUCAAGAAAUACUUAAUAAAGGCGUGUGACACCCCCCUCCACCCACUGGGUGGACUUGUGGAGACGCUGGUUGCCGUGUAUAGAAUGACGUACGUGGGUGUUGGAGCCAACCGCCGAUUAUUGCAGGAGGCUGUAAAGGAGAUCAAGUCCUAUCUUAAGCGAAUUUUCCAGCUGGUGAGGUUCUUAUUUCCUGAGCUUCCUGAAGAGGGCAGCACAAUUCCUCUCUCAACUCCUUUGCCAACUGAAAGGAAAUCCUUUUGCACGGGGAAGUCAGACUCCAGAUCGGAAUCCCCAGAGCCAGGUUAUGUGGUAACAAGUUCUGGAUUAUUGCUUCCUGUGUUGCUACCUCGGCUCUACCCACCACUCUUUAUGCUUUAUGCCUUGGACAAUGAUCGUGAGGAAGACGUUUACUGGGAAUGUGUUUUGCGACUCAAUAAGCAGCCAGAUACUGCUCUUCUGGGAUUUCUUGGGGUUCAGAGGAAGUUUUGGCCUGUGACAUUGUCAAUCCUUGGAGAGAGUAAAAAGGUUUUACCAACCACAAAAGAUGCUUGCUUUGCCUCGGCAGUAGAAUGUCUACAGCAGAUCAGCACAACCUUCACCCCAUCUGAUAAACUGAAGGUCAUCCAGCAGACAUUUGAGGAGAUCUCUCAGAGUGUCCUGGCAACACUCCAAGAAGACUUCCUAUGGUCUAUGGAUGACCUGUUUCCAGUUUUCCUUUAUGUGGUGCUACGGGCCAGGAUUAGGAAUUUGGGCUCUGAAGUACACCUCAUCGAGGAUCUGAUGGACCCCUAUCUUCAGCAUGGGGAACAGGGUAUAAUGUUCACUACUUUGAAGGCAUGUUACUACCAGAUCCAACGUGAAAAGCUGAACUAG